AUGAGGGAAACCUCUGAUUCGUUUAGAGUCUUUGGCCGUUAUUCAUUUACAACUGAGAGUGAAACUCGAUAUGAGAGUGUAGCUCAAGGUCACUUCAAAGCUUAUCAUCUUGUACUUCGUUCAUUGAAUAAGAAAGAGUUUGUUACAGAAGAUAGAUCUAUAGCCUAUCACCCUUACAUCAUUGUGACUGCUAUCUCUGAGUAUAAGCAGUCUCGUCAUAUCGAAAAAUAUAGCGAGGAGAAGAGAAACGUACGCCAAGAGAUUAUUAGAGGUGGAAGAAGAGAAUCGGUUUAUACUAAUGAUAUUGUUGUUGGCGAUAUUGUACCCCUCAAGAAUGGUUUUCAGGUACCUGCAGAUGGUGUCCUGUUUGUUGCAAACUCAUUGAAGAUUGAUGAGCAAGAAUUAACUGGCUCACACUUGACUGUUCAAAAAGAUCUUCUACAUGACCCAUUCCUACUAUCUGGUUCAAAAGUAAUAGAGGGCAUAGGCACAAUGCUGGUUACAAGUGUUGGAAUAAACACUGAAUGGGGGAAAAAGAUGGAGAAAAAACAAGAGAUUGAUAAAGAAAAUCUUUUUCAGGUAUACCUGAAACGGCUUGCUAUUUCUGCUAGCUGGUUAGUCAUGUUGCUCGCUUCAGUUGCCUGUAUUGUUCAUUUAUGCCGAUACUUCUAUGGUCGGACCAAAAAACCAGAUGGAACUUCGAUGUAUAUGGCCGGAAGUACCACUUACGAUGAAGCAAUGGAAUUUGUGGUCAAAUCCCUGAGUUUUGGGAUCGAGACAAUAAUCGUGGCAGUUCCUGUUGGACUUUUUAUAGCUGUUGUCUUGAAUCUUACGUAUACUACGGGAGCAAUGAUGACAGACAAGGCUUUGGUUCAAAACCUCUCUGCAUGUGAAAGAAUGGGACAUGUUACAACUAUUUUGUGUCAUAAAACUGGAAUCUUAACUUCGAAUGAGAUGUCGGUGGUUGAUGUCUGGGCUGGAGGAAUAAGGAUGCAAGAUAUGGAUGAUGUUUCACAUUUUCCCUCGAUUCCUACAGAACUAAUAAUAGAAGGCGUUGCCCAAAAUACAAAUGGCAGUGUUGUUUUUGAAACGGAAGUCACUGAACCAAAGUUGUAUGGAUCACCAACAGAACAAGCCAUUCUUAGCUGGGGGAAUAAGUUGGGAAUGAAGUUUGACGAGGCUAGGUCAGGAUCACCAGUCCUGCAUGUUAUACCAUUCAAUCCAAAAAAGAAAUUUGGAGGCGUGGCAUUACAGGUUGGUACAGGACACCACGUUCAUUGGAAAGGAUCCGCAAAGGUUAUUCUUAAUUCAUGCAGAUGGUAUAUGGAUGGUGCCAACAACCGCAUAGCUAUUUGUGAACAGAAACGGGAGAUGGAAGGAAUAAAUGGAGACAUGUGUAUGAGAGGAAUGCGUUGUGCUGCACUUGCUUAUCAAUCCUAUGAGCUGGGAAGUCUUCCAACCACUGAGGAGGAACUUUGUAGACUACCGCAGGACCUUGUUUUGUUGGCUAUUAUUGGUAUAAAGGAUCCUUUCCGGGAAGGCACAAGGGAUGCGGUCGAGUUGUGCAACUCCGGAGGUGUUAAGGUUUGCAUGGUAACGGAGGAUGACGUUCUGACUGCACAAGCAAUAGCAACGGAAUGUGGGAUACUGAGGGAUGCAUCUGGCCGCAACAUAAUGACAGCAGCUCAAUUUUGUGAUCUUACUGAUCUAGGAAGAGAGCUGAUCUCCGGAGACAUCUUAGUUUUUGCUCAAUCUUCUCCUAGAGACAACCUUCGGCUUGUCGAAGCGCUGCAGAGAAGUGGGCAUGUAGUUGCAACCACUGGGAUGGCAAUACAUGAUACAAAGACACUACUCGCGGCGGAUGUUAGCCUUGCAAUGGGAUUCGGAGGGACCGCAGCAGCCAGAGAGAACGCUGAUAUUAUCAUACUGGAUGACAGUUUUUAUACGAUUUUCAAGGUUAUCCAAUGGUGUCGAUCUCUAUACACCAAUAUCCAGACAUAUGUCCUAUUCCGGCUCACUGUGAGUGUCUCAGCCGUGGCCAUCUGUGUGGUCGAGGUUGUGUUUUAUGAUGCAUUUCCACUUAAUGCCUUGCAGCUUUUGUUGCUUAAUCUUAUUGUUGACAUCUUUGGAGCACUAGCGUUGGCUUACAAACCGUCAGCUCGCAAGCUAAUGGGAAAGCCACCAGUGGGUAUAAGAGACACUCUCAUAACCAAGAUGAUGUGGUUCAAGAUGGUGAUACAGGUGACCUACCUUGUGCUGCUGGCGCUCAUGCAUUCUGAUAGUGUACUGAAGCUGGAUCAUGGUAAUACCGGCGAUGCUGAAAAAGUGAAGAACACAUUUAUAUUCUAUUCUUUUGUCUUCUGCCUGGUUAUUAAUGAGUUUGAAAUCCGAAGUGGAGACCAAACCUUGAUAGAAGUUCUUAGAGACAAUAUGUUUAUCUUUACAAUAAUGUCAACUAUCAUAGUUCAGAUAAUCUUGGUAGAGUUCCUUGGUAUUUUCAACUCUGCUCUUAGGCUUGAAAGGAUAAAAUGGCUCAUCUCCAUCCUUGUGGGAUUUCUCGGCCAGGUCGCCACUCGCUUCCCUUUGGAAGUAUACCCAUACUGCCGCAACUGAUGUUUUGUUUUUUUCUAGUAUAGGCAUAAUAACGUAAAAAGUGUUGAUGCAUCCCGGUAGAGUUGGACGUUGGCAAGCUGUUUUGUUGUCUGUGUGAACGUUGAAAUCUUGUAUUGCGUUUGUGUGUAUAACCCGAUCAUGGUGGUUGGGUUAGUAAUUAUAAAGAUUCACUAAUACCAUAUAUAUUGGUAGUGUUGAAUCUUUAUUGCAACAGUUGAAAGCUUACAUUGAAGGUGUUGAAAAAACUUAAAAACAGUACAUGAAUUAUUUGCUGUUGAAUUUUUUCAAUAUGUUGAAAGCUAAAAUGUUAAUGUACAUAAAUAGUUGUAUUUAUCUU